AUGGUGGACCUGUUUGUCGACCAUAUCCUGUUGAAGAACAACAGAGGCCAGGAAGAGCUGGACACAGAGCGUGAGAUUGUCACUCGACUGCAGAAUCGCAUCCUGAUGCUCUUCUUUGCAUCUGCUGCAUGUGAGAGCUGCCAGCAGUUUGCACCCACGCUCUCAGACUUCUUCAAACGGUUGACAGAUGAAUUUUAUGUAGAUCGCUCUGCGCAGCUCGUUCUCCUCUACAUCAGUUUGGACCAGUCAGAGGAACAGCAGGAAAGAUUUCUCAAACAGCUGCCAAAGAGGUGCCUGUUCCUGGCCUACGAGGACCCCUACAGGAGGGAGCUGGAGGCCAUGUUUAACGUGGAGGAGCUUCCCACUGUGGUGGUGCUGCGUCCGGACUGCUCCAUCCUCGUCCCUAAUGCAGUGGAGGAGAUCCUCUGCCUCGGCCCAGACUGCUACCGUAACUGGCAGGAAGCGGCGGAGCUCAUCGACAGGAACUUUAUGCUUAACGAGGACUUAGGGCAAAAGUCCAUGUGCAGUCUGAGUCACCCGCUGAGGAAACUGAAGUACAAGGUGGAGGAUGAGGAGAAGAAAAAGAGGAAGAAACGCAGAGGGUGGGGAGGAGGGGAGGAGGAGGUGGAUAAAGAUGGAGUGUCUCCAUUUUAA